GCAGUAAUACUUGAAAGAACUAGUGAGUCAUGGUGUGAUUUUUAUACAUUCACAGCCUGACAUCCGCCAUGUUGCCAGCUGGACGACUCGGAAGUGACUCCCCUCCAAAGUCCGUAACAUUGCAGACACAGGGGCUGAAUUGCACCCUCUGCCUGUCAAAAUUGCUUGCCCUAGCAAUCGCGGCCGUCAGAUCUCCGACUCCGUUUCUUUCCGUGGCGUCUUCUAACUUUACUAGGGAUUCUUCUCCCGUUGAUCAGAUGAGCCAUUUCAUCGAGCAGAUGCUGUUGAGGGAUCAACCGUUGGAGCUCGAGCAGCCCCGGGAGGAGCGCCUCGAGCGGUGGCGCCGCGAGCAGUUGCGCUUCAAGCUGUCGGGCCUCGAGCUGUUGCGCCCCGUGCCGUGGCGCCGCGAGCAGAUACUGUUAAAGUACGACGAGCCGUUCACCAAGCAGAUGCUGUUGAAUUUUCGUGAUCGCUCUCUAUCUGAGCUGAAGCAGGCCUGGGGCUCCCUAUCCGAGGAUGUGAUUCCACAGAACUUUAAACUCAAUCAUCCUCCCAUCUGGCCACGUUUGAGCUUCACGGGAUAUCCGAUUGGUAAUGUUGUAAGGAAAUCUGUUAUGGAAACUAUAGUGGAUGAUGUGUCUGAGCAGAAGUCGGCAUUCGACUCCCUAUCUAAUGAUGAGAAUUUCCAGAAACAAGUGGCUGAGGUUUUGAAAUACUAUUGUGGUAGGGAAAUUCCACAUAAAAGUUCCAUCGGUAAUUGGCCAUGCAGGGGUCUCAGGAAGGAGUUUCCUAUCCUUACAGGAUCUCAGAAUAUCGUCAAUGCUGUUGUCCAAAUCUUGCUGGCCAAGGGUUUGGGCAAAAAACGAAUUGUAGUUGCAACUAGGGAUGGCCAACAUGGCCUUGCAAUUGUUGAUAUAUGUGCAAGGCAUUUGCAUGCUGAGGUUAGCGCAGUUGAUCCAGGUAUGGAUUCUAAAUCAGCAGCUAUAUGGGAUUGGGUUACUAACAUUGAGAUAACCCAUUAUAUCCUGGGAUCUAAUGCCAUGGCAACUGGAGCUAUGAGCUACUCAGUACCAGAUGAUGAUGAUGAGCCGGAGCUUUAUUCCACUCAUGCAGGGACGGAUUGCGUUAGAUGCCGUCGUUGUGGUUCGAAUAUGAGCAGACAACAUCAAGAGUAUCACAACCAGCUACAUCAUCAAUCCGCUGGGGCUAAGUUGGUCCUCGGAGCAGCUGCUUUUACCACAAAAUUUUGUACGCUGACUAGAAAUGUGGAAGGAUUUACCGACCACUUUUCAAAGUCGUGCACCUGGCUUUCAUCCAUUUUUGACGAAGCGGACGGUAUCUUCGCGGUGCCCGGAAGCCUUGGUGGGUGGGUCAACAGAACAAGACUUCCACAAAUAUGUGAAAAAUGGAAGAACGACACGGGAAACCUUGCUAGUGUUUCUGAGGUUGUUUCGAAGGUUGUGCACGUUCUGAGAGGAGUGGCUGAUGAGGCUGGUAGGCUAGCCAUCAAGGCAAAAAUGGCAAUUAUACCAGCGCGCGUUGCAGCAGUGCGCGCUGCAGCAGCCCGCCUUGGCGCAGCCGGCACUGCAACUGCUCCAGCCGCUAUCGCUGACGACUCCUGAGCUCAUGAGUCUGAAGUUGUCCUUGACCUCUGGAUUUUUAUUUUUUUGAACAUGGUUGCAUUGUUUGGGAAGGAGGGAAUGGGUUGGUCUCGAAUUCAAGGUCUAUGAGAAGUACUCUGCAGGGAGCUUCUGCUUGCUCCAUCCAGGAGUUCUCCUUGACCUCAGGAUUUAAAAUAGUAAAUCUUUGUGUAGCCUAGUAGUCUAGGCAUUUCAUGAGUCUUGAGGUUGUCUUUGACCUCAGGAUUUAAAAUAGUAAACCUUUGCCUAGCCUAGUAGUCUAGGCAUUUUAUAAGCUGAUUGUUUGAGGGGCAUUUGUCAAGCCCAAUCUCAAUCCUUUCCUUCUCCAAAAUUGCACUUGUUGAGGGGCAUCUGUGACCGGUAGCGCAGUCUUUGA